AUGUGCCUCAAGAGGUAUAAUCAUAACCAAUGGGGAAGGAGGUGUCAUAGAAGGUAUAACAGCAGUGGGGGAGGAGGUGCCACAAAAGGUAUAACAGUAGUGGAUGAUGGGCUAGGCUCAAGAGGCGUGGCAAUAACAAGCAUCACAGAAGACAGGGCAUUAUCGGGUUCGGGAGUAGGUGCCACAGGAGGGGGUAGCAGUAGCCGAUGGGGGAGGAUGUGCCUCAAGAGGUAUAACCAUAACCGGUGGGGAAGGAGGUGUCAUAGAAGGUAUAACAGCAGUGGGGGAGGAGGUGCCACAAAAGGUAUAACAGUAGUGGAUGAUGGGCUAGGCUCAAGAGGCGUGGCAAUAACAAGCAUCACAGAAGACAGGGCAUUAUCGGGUUCGGGAGUAGGUGCCACAGGAGGGGGUAGCAGUAGCCGAUGGGGGAGGAUGUGCCUCAAGAGGUAUAAUCAUAACCAAUGGGGAAGGAGGUGUCAUAGAAGGUAUAACAGCAGUGGGGGAGGAGGUGCCACAAAAGGUAUAACAGUAGUGGAUGAUGGGCUAGGCUCAAGAGGCGUGGCAAUAACAAGCAUCACAGAAGACAGGGCAUUAUCGGGUUCGGGAGUAGGUGCCACAGGAGGGGGUAGCAGUAGCCGAUGGGGGAGGAUGUGCCUCAAGAGGUAUAACCAUAACCGGUGGGGAAGGAGGUGUCAUAGAAGGUAUAACAGCAGUGGGGGAGGAGGUGCCACAGAAGGUAUAACAGUAGUGGAAGCAGCGACAUGA